UUUAUUUUGCAGAUAAAAUUAAAUAAAGAGAAAGAAAGCAAAAAAAAAAAAACAAAAAAAAACACAGCACACGACAAUCAACAAAAUCACUUUUGAGUACUUGAAUCAUACCUAUAGUUAAACAAUACUCAGACAUAGAUAUUGUAUUCGAGUGAGUACAAGUAUAUUGGGGAAGUACUUACAACUAUAGUUCCAUACAUGUUUAGUGUAUAAAAUUUUAUAUUAAAGUGAAUGAAAGUGAUGUGUAGAACGAACAGCAGGCGACAGGCUGUUACGAUUAAAGAUUAAGAAAUAGUUGGCGAAAAGCUAUCGCCAAGAGCACAACACAUUUUUUUUGUCUUAAUUAAAUACUAAACAAAUAAGUGAAAAAGAAUAAAUAAAUCAACGAAAAGAAAGUGAAAUUAAUUAAUAAUUAUAAAAUGCAAACAUUUAAGUUCUUAGUAACACUUGCGGUCCUUAUAUUAUUGGGCCCUAGUGAGGGCCGCCGUUUAAACAUCAGAGCCAAUAAUUUGGUACAACAACCACCUCAAGUUGAACAACAAGACUCAACUCCACGCAGACUUUCACCCGAGGCCUAUAAUUCUCUGCGUGAUAUCUUCUUUCGUUAUGAAGAAUCUAAAACUCUGGGAGCCGAUAUAGUUUUGAAUCAAAAAGAACUACAAGCCAAUCAAAUUAUAAUGGAAGUCAAGACAAAAGAAUAUGAGGAGGGUUUAAUAACGCCCCAUUUAUUUGCCCCCUCUCAGCAUUUGUUUGCUGUUUUAGAUGAAAUCAAAGAAUCGCCCCUUUUUAAGUAUAUAUCCACCCUGCCUAAGGGAGCUGUACUACAUGCUCAUGAUACCGCUUUAUGUAGUACGGAAUAUAUAAUAAAACUUACAUACCGUGAAAAUCUAUGGGUAUGCCAGUCGAAUGAGGAUCAAAGUCCCGUCGGUUUAUUAUUUUCGAAAGAACAACCUUCACCAGAUACAGAAAACAACUGCAGUUGGGAGCUGUUGUCGAAAGUAAGGAAUUCACAAGGAGCCGAUAAGGUUGAUACAUAUUUGCGUGAACAUUUGACUUUGUAUCCAACAAUGAAAUUUGUCGAUAACAAUGAGGCCUGGGAGAAUUUUAUGGGUAUAUUUGGUCUUUUGGGCGGUUUAUUAACAUAUGCUCCCGUCUGGUCGGAUUAUUUCUAUAAUGCUUUAGAAGAGUUUCGUGCUGAUGGUGUACAAUAUAUGGAACUUCGUACAACAUUGCCAGUUCUUUAUGAUUUACAAGGUACCAAGUACACGGCACUCGAUACAGCGAAAACCUAUAAGGACACAUUGGAUAUAUUUAUGAAAGAAUAUCCAGAUUUUAUAGGAGCCAAAUUGAUCUAUGCACCCGUACGUAAUGUAGACAAUAAAACUUUUGAUGAAUAUGUAGACAUAUUGUUGAAGGCAAAGGAAAAAUAUCCCGAUUUAAUAGCCGGUUUCGAUUUGGUGGGUCAAGAAGAAAUGGGUCGACCACUUAAAGAUUUUAUACCUCAACUAUUAAGUUUGCCCGAUAAUAUUGAUUUUUAUUUUCAUGCUGGUGAAACUAACUGGUUCGGUUCUUCGGUAGAUGAAAAUCUAAUAGAUGCCAUUCUAUUGGGUACAAAACGUAUAGGUCAUGGGUUUGCUUUAGUUAAACAUCCUUUGGUAUUGCAAAUCCUAAAGGAACGCAAUAUAGCCGUAGAAGUUAAUCCCAUAUCUAAUCAGGUUCUACAAUUGGUAUCAGAUUAUCGUAAUCAUCCCUGUUCUUACUUUUUUGCGGAUAACUAUCCAGUGGUUAUAUCCUCAGAUGAUCCUUCUUUCUGGAAAGCUACACCGUUAUCACAUGAUUUUUAUAUAGCAUUCUUGGGUAUAGCGUCAGCACAUUCAGAUUUAAGAUUGCUCAAGAAAUUAGCUUUAAACUCUAUUAACUAUAGUUCCAUGAGCUCGGAACAAAAAGUGGUGGCUAUGCAGAAAUGGCAAGAGCAAUGGGAUACUUAUAUAGACAGUGUUCUAAAUAAAAAUCCCUCUAAUAGUGCCGAUCAAAUACGAUUGAAAACAAAUAAAAUCGAUUGACUAGCACGCCUGCUGUACGCUUUAUUAACUGUCUUUUGUUUUCGUUUCUAUUUAAGUUUGUAAAAAUUAAUUUAUGACCCCGAUUUACCACCUUUAACAAACAGUAAGCAUUUUUAUGGCGUUUCAGCAGUGUUUUGAUAAGCCAAGUGGUAUUUAUUUCAAAUAAGUUUUUUAAAUAUUUACAAUUUGUGUAUGACUUCUAGUUAAUUGUUAGAUUUGAUUGAUUUGAAAUUACACGUUUUUGCCUUACUUUUUAUAUGAAUUUUUUAUAUUAUCUUUUUAUUAUUUGUUUUAUUAGCUUUAAGUUUUGCUUUAACUAGAUUAGAUAACUUUUUUUUUUAAAAAAAACAAUUGUAUUACGUACAAAACAAUUUGUGCGAAAAUAUUAAGUAAUAUAUCAUUA